GUGCAUGCCUGUUCCAUUGGUGGCGAGAGAACAUGCUGCUGGCCAGCGUGCUUCCGCCGCAUUGCACCAAGAUCUGAAACUAGUUAAAAGAGUACUUGCUUGAAAGGGUGCACCACCUUCUUUGCAUGGAACUCCAUCCAAGUCGAAGGCAUCCAAAGAGCAGAUGCAUGGAAGAUGCGAAGGAGGACAAGUUUUUAUGACCUUCCUGCAUCGCCAGGAACCUCAACGCGUCGUUGGAGAGUUGGAGUGUGCCAAAAAUGUUUGCUGUUAAGCAUGUGCAGCAUGGUGGGCAUCACUGUCGCUUGGGAAGCAGUGGUGCGUUGGGCGGUACAACCAGCAGACGGUGCCACCGAACUGCCCCCGCACACGUUGCAGGCCAUCGAGAACCAGGCUGGGUGGGAAACUCCAGCUCAGGAUGUGGUUCUCUUGGAAGCUGGAUCUGGGAAACCACCAGACACGGAUGGAAGCACGGAUUUGAAGACACUCCUCCCUGGAUCGUUGGAGCUGGGCUCAUCAAGCAAAAACUUGGGGAUCGUUGAUAGCGCCAUUGGAGAAGAAAGGGGCUCGUUAGGCCCAGCGACAGAGGGGGCAGGGGGUGUCUGGCAGCAGCCAGAGGGCAAUCAAGAUGUGCCGUGCAUAGAAACUGAGCUGCGGGUGUUGGCGAACCCCAAGGGACAUCUGGUGGUCCAUGCCAAUGGGGGUCUGAACCAGAUGCGGCUGGGGAUCGCGGAUAUGGUGGCAAUCGCCCGAGUGUUGGAGGCCGCGCUGGUCGUGCCGUACCUGGACGCACGGUCGUUCUGGCAGGACAACAGCACGUUUGAGGAGCUGUUCGACCUGCCGUUCUUUAUCGAGGCCCUCCCGGAUGACGUGCCGGUGGUGGCUGCCCUCCCGGCAGAGCUGCAGGGUGCCCCCGUGGCGCGGAAACACUUCAAGACGUGGUCCGACCUGCAGUACUACCACAGCAUGAUCGCCCCCCUCUGGCAGAACUACAAGGUGAUCGAGGUCGCCAAGACUGACACCACGCUGGCCAACAACGAGCUGCCGCCCUCAGUCCAGAAGCUGCGCUGCAAGGUCGCAUUCCACGCGCUGCGCUUUGCGGCGCCCAUGCGCACCCUGGCCGACGGCUUGGUGCAAAAGCUUCGGGCGCGGGGACCCUUUGUGGCGUUGCACCUGCGGUACGAGAAGGACGUGCUGGCAUUCAGCGGCUGCACGCACGGCCUCGCGCCCGCAGAGGCAGACGCACUGACAGCGGUCAGGCUGGCCACGCCGCAGUGGCGCGUGAAGGAGAUCAACCCGCUCGAGGCGCGCCGCUCGGGGCGGUGCCCGCUCAGCCCCUCGGAGGUGGGCCUAACUCUGCGCGCGCUCGGCUUCGGGCGCGAUACAGUGAUUUACUUGGCCUCGGGGGAGCUCUUUGGCGGACCGGACGCGCUGGCUCCGCUUAGAGAGCAGUUCCCCAACCUAGUUACCAAGGAGUCGCUGGUCCCGCCGGCGCAGCUGACCGCCCUGCAAGCCCACUUGAAUCAAUGGGCCGCAGUGGACUACGUCAUCAGUGUUGCAAGUGACGUCUUCGUCGCAACCUUCUCGGGCAACAUGGCGAAAGCUGUGCGAGGGCACCGACGAUUCUCGGGGCAUAGGAAAACAAUACAUCUGCAAGGAAAGGAGCUGAUUCCGGUCUUGGACGAGUUCGCUGCCGGGAACGUUGACGUUGCCACGUGUUGGCAGCAGCUGGCGGCGGCUCAGGGCAGCGACUCUGGGCAGGCGCGGGUGCGAGCCAAGGGCUUGAAAGACGAGGGGAUGAGCAGACAGGAGGCGAGGAAAGGCGAGGAGUACUUUUAUGCGAACCCCCUUCCCGAGUGCCUGUGUGCCGCUGUAGAAAAGCGCGAACAAACGUUGACGAGAGUCGUUCUAUGAAUACGUGCGCGCAUGUCGAGCGUACGCAUUCUUGCAGCAGGGCCUCAAAUCAUGGUGAUUUGAAGGGCAUGUAUUAAUGUCAUAAACGCGAACGCGAAGGGUGAUGCCACAGUGC